UUCAAAAGCAUCAAUUCUUCGGCGCUCAGCUUUUUUCACCUCUCACAAUAAGCACAGCUGGUACCCAGUGUCACUGUUGACAUGCAGCUUUUGUGCAGUUCCCUUGGGAGCCAGUGCAUAGGGUCAGCAGCUUUCACUGUAGCAGCAGGAAUGGGCAGUGGUUUCCCUAAACACAGCACACUGCUUAAUCUAUUUAAUCCAGAAGUUAUUUUGUCAUGAUAAAUAAUAAAAUUUAAUAACUUGCAUCUUCCAAAAUUUCAGACAGUAUCCUAAGGAAAUUGUGUCUGGGUGAGGACGAGCUAUGACUCUACUUGUUUUGUGAGUGUCACGCUUAUGAGAUUGGUUUUUACAUAGCCUCGGUUUGUAAAGAUAAAUGGUUUGGGUUCAUUUAAACACCUUAUUUUUAUUUCUUCUUCACCAAACAUUCAAAUGUUUAUAUGUGUGGUUAAGAUAAAUCAAUAAUGAAAUGUAGAGCCUUUUGCCUUGUUAUACAAGUCAUUUUUAUCACUUCACUUUGUAUUUCAUUGAAAGCAGCAAACCAAAUCCCAACCAAAUAUCCACCAGCAAUGGCAAACCUGGUGCUGUGAAUGGAGCCGUGGGAACCACAUUCCAGCCGCAAAACCCUCUCCUGGGGCGAGCCUGUGAGAGCUGCUACGCUACACAGUCUCAUCAGUGGUAUUCUUGGGGCCCACCUAAUAUGCAGUGUAGGUUAUGUGCAACCUGUUGGCUCUAUUGGAAAAAAUACGGAGGCCUGAAGAUGCCCACCCAGUCGGAAGAGGAGAAGUUACCUCCUAGCCCAGCUACCGAGGACCCGCGAGUUAGAAGUCAUAUGUCUCGCCAGGCCAUGCAGGGGAUGCCAGUCCGAAACUCUGGGAGCCCGAAGUCUGCAGUGAAGACCCGUCAAGCUUUCUUCCUUCACACUACAUAUUUCACAAAAUUUGCUCGGCAGGUCUGCAAAAAUACCCUCCGGCUGCGGCAGGCAGCAAGACGGCCGUUUGUUCCUAUUAAUUAUGCUGCCAUUAGGGCAGAAUAUGCAGACAGACAUGCGGAUCUAUCUGGAAGUCCCCUGAAAAGUAAAAGCACGAGGAAGCCUUUGGCAUGUAUCAUUGGGUAUUUAGAGAUCCAUCCUUCGAAGAAACCUAAUGUAAUUCGAUCUACACCAAGCCUGCAAACCCCAACCACCAAGCGGAUGCUAGCCACCCCGAAUCACACGUCUCUGAGCAUUUUGGGGAAAAGAAACUACAGUCAUCACAAUGGCCUGGAUGAACUCACAUGCUGCGUGUCAGACUGAGCUAUUGCUGUUUAAUCCUAUAAUCCAAGACUUGCUACACCGUCCUGCUGAUGUCCAUAGCCAUGCCCGGGAAGGAGGCAGCCCCAUUCCCAGCGUAUCCCGGGGGAGACCUCCGCGUGCACCCCAUGGAGCCUUGAUCAGGCCGGGGAAGAGACUGCAGGAGCACACGUCCCCAAAGCUGCGUCUCCUCUUGUGAAUCAGUGUCCCCUUGCUUUCCUCUAGAGACCUCGCUGCCCCAGAGCGGGACCUGCCUGGGGAAUUGAGGGGCUGGGGGAGCUACUCCGAGACCUCCUUCUCUGGCACUCUGAACCCCGGGCACCAUGGCUCCGGGGCAGUGGGGCUGCUGCAGGCUCAGAGCCGCUGCCGCCCUGCAUGUGCCAGCUUCGCUCUGUCGUCGGCUGUGUCAGUGUGGACUUGAGGGAUACGGCAUGUUUCUAAAUGGAUUUUUCUUAAGAAAUGUGCCAUUGUUGAUAUAGUUCAGGAUGUUCCCCCCAUCCCAGCUGUCACUGUCCCUCGGCUUUUUCUCAGUAGGCUUCAUUCCCCAUUUUUUUUAGUGGGGAAAUUUUGUCCUUCACCCCCUGCAUCCUGUAUUUGUCCUCCUACCUUCAUCCCUCCCAGGUAAGAAUUACCUGUGGUUCUGACAAAAGACAAGCAAAUCAUCUUUGGGAAGCCUGUGGACUCUCUAUAUCAUCCGUGCUUUGUUGUUGGAAAGAGGCUGGCAUUCUCUUGGUUUUGCUUAGUCCCAGGCAGUCCAGCGAGAGCAGGUAUUAACGUGAGCUGAGCAUGUGUAUCACGGUGACCAGCCGUCAUGUCCUGCCCUGUUUCUUCACAGCCAGACCAGCCGCUGCGGCCAGGUUGGUCCUUCUAGGACUCUCAUCCAGGUUAAUUUUAAGCAGGUGGAGUCUGUGUGGCCUGUAAGGUGAAGUAAGAGAGCUGUGUCUGCAGGUGAGUCUGUGUGGAAGCCCCGCCUCCACCACCCUGGCAACCCGGCCAUUUCUGUGAGCACCUGUGCCUAGACCCCCGGAGACCUGUCUGUGACACUGUUUCUGCUGUCUGCCCUGGUAUAGGCCCUGCCGUUGUCACAGGGGGGCCGCUCUGCCCUCUGUGUACACAGCUGCAGGGACAGGAAAAACUUAAUGCCCCAUUUGCUCCCCGAGCAGAUGUGAGUCUGCUGCUUCCCUGCCUUUGCAGGGACAGGCUGCAGGGCACAGGGUCACAGCAGCAUGAAAAACAAUGGGAGUUGCAUAAAGAAAAAAAAGAAAAAAAGAAAAACAAUGGGAGUGUGGCCUCCCUGCGGUCCCUGGAGCGUGUGGCCAGAGACAAACUGGGUGGCUGACAGCAGGUGCCUCGAACGGCCAGCUGCUUGCAGGACAAAGUGUCUCCAAAUGAGCUGAAUGCCUACCCCCCUCUGCCCCCCCGCCACCCAGGCAGAGUGAGGUUUCCCUAAAAUGACCACGACGCUCCAGAUGUCUGGUCAUUGCAGGCUGGGCUCAGCUCAGCAGAGGACGUGAUGCGUGAUGACUGAGGGUGACGCUCGAAGCACGCGCUGCCUUUUCCUUUUCCAGUCUCGCAGGCACUGUGGCUUCUCUCCCCAGGAGGGGUUGGCUCUUAUCUUAGUUUCUGAGGGAUGACCCCGGGGACAUUCUCACCACUGCCAACUCUUGGAGCUGUUCCGGGUUUUGGCUUGGGGCCCCAUGGGUGGGCCUGUGUCGGAUGCUCAGUGAGCCGGGUGGGGUGGCAGACAUCGCCCUCGGGGUCCCACAGAGAAGCUCCUUCUGGAAAGCCCCAGGGGGAGAGAAGGCAGCUGGCUCUCGCAUCACCAGCCACGUGCCACGUCCUCUAAAGAAAGAGACGCAACCAAGCUGUGUGCCCAUGCCCUGCCCUGGAUUUGCUGCGAUAGAUACAGAAUGUGGAAUGAUUCCUUCACCUUGUCCCUGUCCUCUCCUGACCCACAUGGGACCAUGACUCGUGGUUAAAGGAGCCAUUAGCCGCCUGUGACUUUGCUGCCCACUUGUUGGGGAGAGACCCUCCUUCGCCAGGCGAGGAGCUUUGGAGACCGGGGCCAGGCCGGGGCUGCAGGAAGAACAGGGAGGCCCAGGCCGGCUCCAGUUCAUGCUUAAAUGUGGGACAAGUGCACCCCAGCAGCUCUCCCUUCAUUGUGUGGUGAAAACUCCCAGUUCCGCAGCCCCGCCCUCCUACAGGAGGGUUCCUGGCUAAGAUCUCUGGCUCCCACUUCAUCUCGGGAAAGCCCCCCAGCACUGAACCUUCAGGGACUGGAGGAUGGACACCAAGGAGCCUCUAGUAUCUGUCGUUGCCAAGUGAGCAGUUGGUGCCGAGAGGCUUUCCCGGCCAGCCCCUUUGUUGGGGCCACAGUGUCACUGUUGUGGGCGUCAGUAGCACGUCAGCACUGUGAGCAGCGAGCGUGUGGGUGACACCCAACACCCAGCUGCAGGUUUCCCAGCAGACGUGCCCAGGGCUGCCGUGCACCCUUGGAGAAGGACACUGAAGGACACUGAGGCCCGAGAGUCAGCCUCCCUUCCCCUGUCACCCCCGCCCACCCCGCAGUGGUGCAGGAGAGGACACAACUGCUUUCUAGCUUGCCUUUCAUGAUUCUGCCUUGUCCACGGCCUGGGUUCUAUCAGUCAGCAUCCAACCAAGAAAACCAGAGAAGUCUAUUUAAAACAGAGGGGCUUUAAUCCAGGAAAUUGUUUAAAUGAGAAAUAAGAAGGCCUGAGACACUACUGAGGGGUAACCGGAAACAGGGACCCACAGAGCUGGUGGGACCAGAUCCUGGGGCUCAGGCCACUGGGUGGGGCCUGGGUCUGUAGAGGGCCUAUGUGGUGGGAGCUGGAGCCAUGAGGAGACCUGGGCCCUGCCAGAAACAUACCCCCCACGCCCCGCCCCAGGCAAAGAGGGAGCAGAAUUAGCGUGGCUUCUCCCUUCCCCACGCCCUCCAGAUUUCUGCGUUAGCUAAAUGCAGCUGGAAGCCAGCUGACCUGGGAGCUUGGGACAGGCCACCUGCAGUCAAUCCCCCAGCUCUUAGAGCAGAGCAGGGGAAGGCAAGUGGUGGGUCAGAGGGCAAGCAGCCCCAGGACAUGUGUGGCCUUGGUCCGCUCUCUGUCACAUCCAAGCCCACUGUGGAUUCCCCAUGCUGUCCCAAGACCCCGGUGAGUGGAGGUGGAGGUAGCUGCCCUGGUGGACUUCUGUAGGUUCUCUUUGACUCUGCUUGGGAGGAAAGUGCUUUGGGGAGGUGGGGGAGGGGUUUUAUUCAUAACAGUUAUCCCAGUUCUCCUUUGGGGGAAUUUACUCAUUUAGCAGACCCACCUCGCCUGUCCCCUCAGGGAGGCUGUGUCCCAGUUUUCUGUCCAUCCCGGCCCAUUCCUCUUCCCCCAGUCUCUGGUUUCUCUGCUGGAGAACACCCACCCAGACCACGCAUCAGUGGUCAUGAGUGUUUCCCCAGGAUAAUUCAUUCAGCGUGUGCUAUUACAGAGUGGUCUGUCUGUAAGUAGAUGUCAUCCACUGAUCAAUUUGUAUCCUGUUUCCAAUAAACUUCUGGAAAUUCUG